GUAGAACUCACUGUGUAGUAGAGUAUAUUAUUUGAUGAUAGUCUUUGGUUUGUGUACGACAAGCAUGUAUCCUUAAUCUGUGUGUGCAGUGCAAUGGCAACAGAAACUCCAUAUGAUGAUUCGAGUGACGCCGAAUCAGCUCGAGAUUCUGGUUCGGAUUCCGAAAGUGAUGGAGGAUCUAACCGAAGCAGUAGCAGAAGUGGUAGCCCUGCUAGUCAGCACGGAACAGCACCGACACCCGGCAGAAGUUCAGGUGCAGAAGGUAGAAGUGAUAGUGAAAGUGAGAAGGGCACUGACGCUGCUUCACCAUCCAGGACUGGUACUGCAGGACAGUAUUCACCGCGAUCUGUGGCUUCGGGAGGUGAUGCUUCUCCCCGGUCUGAUGAAGGUUCCCAGAGCCCACAAUCGAAUGCCAGCAGUCGAAGAUCUGUAGGUUCCGUAAGCCAACACUCAACACAUUCGCAGCGUACACAGCGCUCAGCAGUUAGUAAUCAGUCUCCACGUCAGUCCCAUGCCAGUAAUCAAUCUCCACAUUCCAAUGCUAGUCAGCAUUCCCCCUAUGCAAGCGACCACAGCCGUUCACAAAGUCCACAGUCUGCUGUGUCUCAAAGUCCACGUUCUCAGAGAUCACAGAGUGCUCAUUCACAACGAUCACAAAGCCCAGAGUCAAGAAGAUCAGUGAGUCCACAGUCCAGAAAGUCACGAAGCCCUCAGUCCCACCGUUCUCCAAGCCCACAGUCUCACCGUUCUCCAAGCCCACAGUCUCACCGUUCUCCAAGCCCUCAGUCUCACCGAUCUCCAAGCCCACAGUCACAACGAUCUCAGAGCCCACAAUCUCAGCACUCACAAAGCCCUCAAUCUCAGCGAUCACAAAGUCCAGCUUCCCAGAGAUCUCACAGCCCUCAAUCACAGGGAUCACCUGCUGCAAGACGCUCACGAAGUCCACAGUCGCAGAGAUCCCAUAGCCCACAGUCGCAAGGUUCUCGGACUCCUCAGUCACGUAGAUCACAAAGUGCUCAAUCUAAUCGUUCUGAAAGUCCACAGUCAAGACCACAAAGUGCACAGUCACAACAUACCCAAAGUUCAAGGAGUCGAAGUGGGUCACCUGCUGCAUCUCCUCGUUCAAAUGUAAGUGGCCAUUCACGAAAGUCACAAGCAGAAUCUGUUCAAAGUAACAGAUCCAGAUCUAGAAGCCGUCCAAAGAGUGUGGUGGAAAAUGGUGAGAAAAGUGACGAUGAGAAAAGCAAUUCAGCAUCCAACCAUUCAGGUGCUGUAGACCACAAUGACAAGGAAUCAGUGAGAAGCGGAGCUGUUGCCUCAGAUGAAGAAAAGUCAGUUAAAGACAAAAGUGAAGAUGAAGAUGCUGCAAGGGCAUCAAGAAAAGAUGACAGCAGCGAUGAUGAAAGGAAAUCACACAGUGAGAAUGAAAGUACUAUGGAAAAAGACAGGAAACGAAAGCGGGCAGUCAUUAGUGAUGAAAGUGGCUCUGAUGCAGAAAUAAAGAAAAAACCAAGAAAGAAAAUAGCAGCAGUAGCCUCUGGGAGUGAUGCAAGUGAUGCAGAAGGUGAAAGAAGAAAAGCAGCAAGUGAAGGAGAUGAUAGUGAUGCAGAACCAGGAGCCACUGCUGAGGCACUAUUUGGAGAUGCUGAUGAUAUUAGCACAGAUGAAGAAGCUGCAGCUGAGAAAGCAAAGAAGUCUGAUGAGGACGAAGAGGAGCAGGAAGAAAGACGAAGUCGUGAUGCAGGAAGUGACCAGGAACGAAGAGUAGAUGAUGAUGAUGAAGCAGCUGCUGAAGAAGGAGGUUUACCUGUCAUAGAAGAUGAUGAAGGUGAAAAAGAAGAAGAACCACCACCAGAAACAAGAAUAGAUGUUGAAAUACCAAAAAUUUCAUGUGACUUGGGCCGAGAAAUUCAUUUUGUUAAAUUACCCAACUUCUUGUCUGUAGAGACUAGGCCAUUUGACAGGGAAACUUAUGAAGAUGAAAUUGAUGAAGAAGAGACUUUGGAUGAAGAAGGGCGAGCAAGAUUAAAACUUAAGGUGGAGAACACCAUUCGCUGGAGGCAAACUUUCGAUAAAGAAGGUAAUCUUACUAAGGAAAGUAAUGCAAGAUUCAUUCGAUGGUCUGAUGGCAGUAUGUCACUACAUCUGGGAUCUGAAAUAUUUGAUGUAUACAAGCAACCAUUGCAGGGUGAUCACAAUCAUCUCUUUAUCCGCCAAGGGACAGGUCUUCAGGGCCAGGCGGUAUUUAGAACAAAACUGACAUUUAGACCUCACUCAACAGAGUCAUUCACUCAUCGUAAGAUGACAUUGUCUCUAGCUGAUCGGUCACAGAAGACAUCAGGAAUUAAAGUGUUGUCUCAAGUAGGCUGGGAUCCAGAGCAGAACAAAGGGCAGCUCAUAAAGAAAGAAGAGGAACGCCUUCGCGCUUCAAUGCGUAGAGAGAGUAAGCAGAAGAGGAUACGAGAAAGAGGAGCCACUCGUGGUCUAAGCACAAGUUACCUGGAGCCAGAUAAUCGUGAAGAAGAAGGCUCUGAAGAUGAAGGAGCCAUUUCUCUUGCUGCCAUUAAAAGCAAGUACAAGAAAGGUGGUGCAUCAGCAAAAGCCGAUAAACCACCAAUAUAUUCAUCUGAUGAAGAAGGAUCAGAUUUUGAAGCCAGGCGAGCAAAGAAGUUGGAUAAGGCUAAAGCACUUAAAGAUUCAGAUGAGGAAUCGGAGCAGUCGGCAUCAGGAUCUGAACAAGCCUCUGGAUCUAGUUCCGGAUCUGGAGGUGAAGAACAGCAAAACAAUAAGGAUGAAGACCAGUCUGGUGGAAGUGCCGCUGAUGAUGAUUAACUCUGUAACAGUGAAGCAAGUGCAAACUCCUCUUUGUAUAUAAUUUUAAGUGAGGGUGAACUUGAGAUGGGCAGCAGAUACGUGCCAAAGGACCAUGUGAAAUACAUUGACUUUAAAAGACACAGAAUAAGAAUUAUUGAUUGGUACCUUUGUGUGAGGUAUAUGCUAAUAACCGUUUUGACCUUAGUGCUUGUGUUGUUUCACACUGUAUUACUGUGAUCAGUGCUUAAGUUAUAUUUGAUAAACUUUUGACUGUGGUAUUUUAA